AUGCGCCUGUCUCUUCCGAUGAGCGGCACGGUGCGGAGAAUCCAGCAGCUGCAGGAAACCAGACUGAGAGCAUGUGCCAAGAGGAUUGGCCCUCUGAAAGCUGAUCUUGGAGUGCUUACCACACAAAGCUCGGAAGUGGGCAGUGCCAGUAUCCUUUAUGUUUUUAGUGAUCUGAAAUUAAAAGUUUUAAUGGCUUUGUCCGUGGACUCGGCUCGGUACCGCUGGCAGCGACGGGGAGCUCGCGGUCCCUCCCGGGCUCUGUCAGAAUCAACACCUCUGCUGCUUUCUGCCAGUGCCAAACCAAAACUCUGUCUAAACACAUGGAGGAUUGUGCUGCCUGACAAUGGGAGACACUGGAAGGACUGGAAACAAGCUUCUACAGUUUAUUCUAGAAACAGGAUACAGACCACGAAGUACACAUGGUUCACUUUUUUGCCCCGAAAUCUUUUGAGACAGUUCCACAGGUUGGGUAAUCUUUACUUUUUCUUUAUGGUGGUUCUGAACUGGUUCCCACAAGUGGAAGUCUUCCACAGGGAGAUUACCAUGCUGCCUCUGGUCAUGGUGCUGCUUUUCAGCAUGAUUAAGGAUGCUCUCGAAGACUACAGAAAAUACCAGUAUGAUAAGACAAUAAACUUCACUAAAACCAGGGUAUAUGACAGGGAGGAACACGCUUACGUGGAGAAAUGCUGGAAAGACGUCAGAGUGGGGGACUUUGUGCAGCUGCAGUGCAAUGAGAUUGUCCCAGCAGACAUCCUGCUGCUCCACUCCUCUGACCAGAACGGGGUCUGCCACCUGGAGACCGCCAACCUGGACGGGGAGACCAACCUCAAGCAGCGCCGCGUGGUGAUGGGCUUCAGCAGCCAGGAUACUGUGUUUGAACCAGAAUUUUUCCAAAACACCAUCGUCUGUGAAAUGCCAAACAAUGAUCUCAAUAAAUUCAAAGGUUACAUGGAGCAGCCAAACCAUGAACAGGUAGGUCUCAACAUUGAAAACCUCUUGCUUCGUGGAUGUACAAUCAGAAAUACUGAGGCUGCAGCAGGAAUCGUUAUAUAUGCAGGUCAUGAGACGAAGGCCAUGCUGAACAACAGCGGCCCUCGCUACAAGCGCAGCAGGAUCGAGCAGAGGAUGAACAGGGACAUCUUCUCAUGUGUGGGACUCCUGCUUGUGAUGUGCCUUGUUGGAGCUGUAGGGCAUGGCAUCUGGACAGGAAACUUUUGGGAGCAUCCACCUUACGAUGUCCCAGACCAGAAUGGCAAUUUUGUGGCUCCAGUUCUUGCUGGUUUCUACAUGUUCCUGACAAUGAUAAUCCUGUUGCAGAUUUUAAUCCCCAUAUCUCUUUAUGUGUCAAUUGAAUUGGUCAAACUGGGCCAAGUCUUCUUAAUUCACAAUGACAUUGACCUGUAUGAUGAAGAAGCAGAUUUGCCCAUCCAGUGCCGUGCCCUCACCAUUACUGAAGACCUUGGACAGAUCCAGUACAUCUUCUCAGACAAAACUGGGACACUAACAGAAAAUAAAAUGGUAUUUCGACGCUGUACUAUUGAUGGAAUUGAGUUUUCCCAUCAGGAAAAUGACAGGCGACUGAAAACACAGAGAGAGCUGGAUUUAGACAAUGUGGAUUUUGCAAAGCUUCAGCACUUCACUCUUCCUCCCAUGAACCUGGAGAGACCAGCCACCUACAAGCCCAGCACGGUGAGGCCUUUGAGGCGGUGCCAGAGCGACCGGGCGCAUUCCAAGGGCCACACCAGGAGCAGGUCCAUGGGUCGGCGUGACAGCAGCCAGUCCCAGGUGGCCUUCAGCAGCCCCAUCGAAAAGGACGUGACUCCUGAUAGCAGGCUGCUGCGGCGAGUGCGAGAAGCUGCCCUCCAGACUGAGAGCUUCUCUCCUUUUAUACACACGAAGACUUCCACAUCCUUUACUGAUUUUUUUCUUGCUCUUGCCAUUUGCAACACGGUUCUGGUCUCCACAGCUACAAAGCCAAGACAAAGGGUCACAAUCCCACCACCAAUAAAACCUUCAGGAAUCACCCUGGAGAAGAUUCAUCAGAUAUUUCAAAGGCUAAAAUUAGCAAGCCUUAGUCAAUCUUUUUCAUCAUCUCAGUCUAGCUCACAGCUUGGUGCCAGCUUCAGUGCAAAGAACACCGAGGAGCCUCUUGCUGUGCUGGAGAGCUGUGACAAUGACAACGACAACGACGGCUCUGCCAGCAGUGGGGGCCAGGAACUCCAGGACAAGGGCAGCACAGAGAUCGGUGCUGCUUCCUUGGAUGAAGUUUUUAGGUCUGCAACCAACAUUUCUGUGCCAGCAGACUUUUGUUACGAGGCCGAGAGCCCGGACGAGGCAGCUCUGGUCUACGCUGCCCAGGCCUACGGCUUCAUGCUGGUGUCGCGCACGCCCGAGCAGGUCACGGUGCAGCUGCCCCAGGGCACACUCCUGACCUUUGAUAUCCUCUACACCCUGGGGUUUGACUCAGUCAGGAAAAGGAUGUCUGUAGUGGUGAGACACCCUCUCACCAAGGAGAUUGUGGUCUACACAAAAGGCGCUGACUCUGUAAUAAUGGACCUGCUGGACAACUCCACCACAGGUGACAUUAGCUCAGACAAGAGACUGAAAAGAAUAAAAGAAAGAACACAGAAGCAUCUGGACUACUAUGCCCAUGACGGACUGAGAACCCUGUGCAUAGCUAUGAAGGUCUUGAAUGAAGAUGACUUUCAAAAAUGGGCCAACUUUCGUCAGGAGGCAGAAGCUGCAAUUGACAACAGAGAGGAGCUGUUAAUAGAGACAGCACAGCAUCUGGAGACCAAACUCACCCUGCUGGGAGCAACAGGGAUUGAAGAUCGCCUGCAAGAUGGAGUUCCUGACACUAUUGUGUCCCUCCGAGAAGCUGGGAUUAAAAUUUGGGUGUUGACAGGAGACAAACAGGAGACAGCAGUUAACAUUGCAUACUCCUGUAAGCUUCUGAACCAAAGGGACACUGUCUUCACCAUUAACACUGAAAAUAAGGAAACCUGUGAAUCUCUCUUGAAUUUAACCCUGGAAGAGGUGAAGAAGAACUACGAGUGCAGCAAACCACGGAGGAAGUUUUUUGGCAUCAUCCCAACACCUUUGCCAGCCCCUGAGGUGGCCAGCCCCGAGUUUGGGCUGGUGCUGGAUGGGAGGACGCUGAGCGUCAUCUUCCAGGGAGGUUUGGAGGAGAAGCUGCUGGAGCUGGCGCAGCACUGCCGCUCCGUGCUCUGCUGCCGCUCCACGCCCCUGCAGAAGAGCAUGGUGGUCAAGCUGGUCCGGCGGCAGCUGAGAGCCAUGACCCUCUCCAUAGGGGAUGGUGCAAACGAUGUGAGUAUGAUUCAAGCAGCUGAUGUUGGAAUUGGAAUAUCUGGCCAAGAAGGCAUGCAGGCUGUGAUGGCCAGUGACUUUGCAAUAUCCCGAUUUAAGCAUCUCAAAAAGCUCCUUCUUGUCCAUGGACAUUGGUGCUAUGCUCGCCUGGCAAAGAUGGUGAUUUACUUUUUCUACAAAAAUGUGUGCUACGUCAACCUGCUCUUCUGGUACCAGUUCUUCUGUGGCUUCUCAGGCAGCACCAUGCUAGAUUACUGGCAGAUGAUUUUCUUCAACCUCUUCUUCACCUCAGUGCCCCCUCUUCUCUUUGGAGCCCUUGACAAAGAUGUUUCUGCAGAAACGCUCCUACGUCUGCCUGAGCUGUACAAGAAUGGACAAAAUUCAGAGAUAUACAACUUGUCAGCUUUUAUUAUUACAAUGUUGGAUGCCUUCUAUCAAAGCCUCAUUUGCUUCUUUGUCCCCUAUUUGACAUACAAAGACUCUGACAUAGAUGUGUUUUCCUUUGGAAACCCCAUCAACACCAUCUCCCUCCUGACCAUUCUCUUGCACCAGGCUCUAGAAAUGAAAACAUGGACCGUGCUGCAGCUGGUGACAAUGAUCUGCAGUGUGGCUUUGUACCUCAUCUUCUCCGUCAUCUACAACGCUGCCUGCCUGCUCUGCAGCCCCCCCACCAACCCCUACUGGAUCAUGGAGAGGCAGCUGCAGGACCCCACCUUCUAUUUGCUGUGCCUCAUCACCCCCGUCAUCGCGCUCUUACCAAGGUUCUUUAUUUUUGCUCUGCGAGGAACCCUUGGAGCAUCUCUUGUUCUGAAAGCACAGCAAGUCGAAAAACUUCCUAAGGAGCAACAGGACCUUGAAAUCCAGAAACUAAGAUCAAGAAAAGAAGCUACUUCUAGUGCACCUGUGGCCUCACCUGCAUCUAAUGAUGACCUUGACCAAAGCAUCAGCCACUUAUGUGUGUCACCAUUUCUACAUCCAGCAGCAGCCUUGUCUCCCAGGGACACAGAAAAUCUGGGAGUUUCUGCCUCUAAUCCCCUCGGGAGAAGGACAUUUGAGGAAGGCUAUUUCUUCUUUAACAGACAAGGCUGUGCAUCCCGCAUCCAGGAGAGCUCUGUGUCUCGCUGGGAUCCGUGUUACACACGGAUUGCUGUGGCUCCAGAAAGAGGUGGCCUAAGGCUGCAGCGCCCGCGGCAGCCGGCCCCGCCCGGCUCUCCCGCGUCCCCGGUUCCAGCGAGUACCGCGGGGCUGUCCCGCGUCCCCGGUUCCAGCGAGUACCGCGGGGCUCUCCCGCGUCCCCGGUUCCAGCGAGUACCGCGGGGCUCUCCCGCGUCCCCGGUUCCAGCGAGUACCGCGGGGCUCUCCCGCGUCCCCGGUUCCCCGCAGCCGGGCUCCCUCUCGCGGCGCCGCUCGCAGUCACGGCUGCUGCGGCCGCACAACGCCGCCUGCCCAGGGCGUCAUCAUUCCCCCGCAUCCCCUCUGCCACCCACGGGUCCCUGGGCUCGGUACGGGUCACAGGGAGAAAAGGCUCCAGGGAAGAGGCAGCAGUACUGCUUAGCUACGCUCACCCUGCAGGGACUUCGUGCAGGCAGCAAGAAGGCAGAAAUAGUGUAUUCUGGGGCACAUUAA